CUUAAAGCUUUAGAUAUCAUCAGCAUCUGACCUGAACUCUUAGUCCAGCUCUGGCUCAGCCCCACAGCGACUCUUUCCCCAGCAGCGCCUGUGUAAUGGGACACUGCUAAAUGAUGCUGAGUGCGAUCCAGUGCAGUCAUGGCCUGUUACACCUGACUCGCUCCUCGCUGCAGUCCAUGUUCUCGCCUGUUGUUAGCUUGUCUUCUCUAGGCUAAUUUAUGACACUAUCAGAUUCAUCGGCUGUUGGCAACUGGACUUCCUCAUGCUAAAACUAAUUACUUGCUACCCAAUAACUCUGGAGAUCUCUCCUGAAGAUGUUUCCACAAUCAGGGAAAUCGAUUGUCUUUGACAACUUUCCAGAUCCAAGUGACACAUGGGAAAUCAUUGAGACAAUUGGCAAAGGAACCUAUGGAAAAGUCUACAAAGUGCUCAAUAAAAUCGAUGGAAGUAAAGCAGCAGUAAAGAUAUUGGAUCCUAUCCAUGAUAUCGAUGAGGAGAUUGAAGCAGAGUACAACAUCCUCAAAGCUCUGUCUGACCACCCCAAUGUCGUCAAAUUCUAUGGGAUGUACUACAAGAAAGAUGUGAAAUGUGGAGAUCAGUUGUGGCUAGUACUGGAGCUUUGCAAUGGCGGCUCGGUGACAGAUCUUGCCAAAGGCAUGCUGAAAAGGGGAGACAGGAUGGAUGAAGCCAUUAUUGCCUACAUCCUGCAUGAAGCCCUCAUGGGCCUCCAGCACCUGCACAUCAACAAGACCAUCCACCGUGAUGUCAAAGGCAAUAACAUCCUAUUGACAACGCAAGGAGGGGUCAAACUCGUGGACUUCGGUGUUUCAGCCCAGCUGACAAAUACCCGUCUGAGGAGGAACACCUCUGUGGGGACUCCCUUCUGGAUGGCUCCAGAGGUGAUAGCAUGUGAGCAGCAGCUGGACUCGACCUACGAUGCUCGUUGUGAUGUUUGGUCCCUGGGAAUCACAGCCAUAGAGCUGGGUGAUGGAGAUCCACCUCUGUCUGACCUCCACCCAAUGAGAGCCCUUUUCAAAAUACCCAGAAAUCCUCCGCCUACUCUCCACCAGCCGGAGCUCUGGUCAGACAACUUUAAUGACUUCAUCUGCAAAUGUCUGAUUAAGGACUUUGAACUGAGACCAAAUGUGUUAGACCUGCUCCAGCAUGUGUUCAUCAAACAGAUCGUUGGCCGAGAGAAAAUACUGCAGAAACAAUUGAUUGAACUCAUUGAUCUCAACCAACAAAUAGGAGUCAUUGAAAAAACAAGGCAUGAACGUAUCCACACUAAAAAAGGAAGCCACAUGAAGACACAGAGUGACCCCGAUGAGGUGGACGACCUCGCCAUCCUAGAGUUUCUAGACGAGAACACAGUCACAGAGCAGCUGCAGAAUCGUUACGGAAGGGAUCAAAUCUACACGUAUGUGGGAGACAUCCUCAUUGCAGUCAAUCCUUUCCAUAAGAUGGAGAUAUACACUCCUCAGUACACUAAAAUGUACAUAGGAGCCAAGCGUACAGCUAAUCCACCGCACAUCUUUGCCGUGGCUGAUGUCGCCUACCAGUCCAUGGUGUCAUACAAUGCAGAUCAGUGCAUUGUGAUCAGUGGGGAGAGUGGAGCAGGGAAAACAGAAGGCGCUCAUCUGUUGGUGCAGCAGCUGACAGUUCUCGGGAAGGCCAAUAAUCGCACGCUCCAGGAGAAGAUCCUGCUGGUCAACAGCCUGGUGGAGGCAUUCGGAAACGCCUGCACUGUCAUCAACGACAACUCCAGCCGCUUUGGCAAGUACCUAGAAAUGAAGUUCACCUGUGGAGGAACAGUGGUCGGAGCGCAGAUAUCCGAGUACCUGCUGGAGAAAUCCAGAGUCAUCCACCAGGCAGUAGGAGAGAGGAACUUUCACAUCUUCUACUACAUUUAUGCUGGUCUGGCUGACAGGAAGAAACUCGCCCACUACAAGCUCUCCGACAGCAAAACACCUAAGUAUCUGUGUAAUGAGCACGUUAAAUUAGGGCCUGACAUAGUGAGCAACACCUUCUACAAGGAGCAGUUUGAUGCAGUGGAGCAGUGUUUCAAAGUCAUUGGAUUCACCCUGGAGGAGCUGGGCAGUGUUUACAGCACUCUGGCUGCCAUCCUCAACUCCGGUGAUAUCGAGUUUUCUCCGGUUGCCUCUGAGCACCAAACAGACAAGAGCAACAUCUGCAACAUUUCUGUCCUGGAAAAUGUGGCCUCUCUGCUGCAUAUCCGCUCAGAUGAGCUCCACGAAGCCCUGACUUCCCACUGUGUUGUGGCCCGGGGAGAGACAAUCGUCAGGCCCAACACAGUGGAAAAAGCGGCGGAGGUGAGGGAUGCCAUGGGCAAGGCUCUCUACGGUCGCCUCUUCAGCUGGAUUGUCAACCGCAUCAACACGCUGCUGCGGCCCGACAGCCACCUAGGAGAGGAUGACAAGGGCUUGAACAUCGGCAUCCUGGACAUCUUCGGUUUUGAGAACUUCAAGAAGAACUCUUUCGAGCAACUCUGCAUCAACAUCGCCAACGAGCAGAUCCAGUUUUACUUCAACCAGCACAUAUUCGCUUGGGAACAGGAUGAAUACCUCAAUGAAGAGGUGGAUGCUCGGAUGAUUGAGUAUGAAGACAACCGGCCCCUCCUGGACCUGUUCUUGCAGAAGCCCAUGGGGAUGCUGUCUCUUCUGGAUGAGGAGAGUCGAUUUCCACAGGCCACUGAUCAGACCCUCGUAGAGAAAUUUGAAGAUAACUUGAAGACCAAAAGCUUCUGGAGACCAAAGAGGGUUGACCUUGGCUUUGGUAUUCACCACUAUGCUGGAAAGGUGAUUUACAAUGCUGCAGGCUUCUUGGCCAAGAACAGAGACAUGCUACCAGCUGAUAUCGUCCUGCUGCUGAGGUCGUCAGAGAACGAGCUUAUUCGCAAGCUCGUUACCCAUCCCCUCACCAAAACAGGCAACCUUGCCCACACCAAGGGUAAAGCCAUAAACACAAUGCGCAGCCCACGGACUCCGACACGCACCAUCACCUUCGCCAAGCCGGGUGACCCUGGAGAUACACCUUACCACCCGAGAGAAACCACUAACAUGAGGACACAAACAGUGGCAUCCUACUUCAGAUACUCUCUGAUGGACCUGCUGUCCAAGAUGGUGGCAGGGCAGCCCCACUUUGUGCGCUGUAUCAAACCAAAUAACGAUCGCCAAGCCAACAAGUUUGACCGGGAGAAGGUCCUGGUUCAGCUGCGAUACACCGGGGUUCUGGAGACUGCCAAGAUCAGACGGCAGGGCUACUCUCACCGCAUCCUCUUUGCCAACUUCAUAAAGAGGUAUUACAUCUUGGCUUUCCAUGCUCAUGAGGAACCAGCGGCGACUCCAGAAACAUGUGCUGCAAUACUGGAGAAGGCCAAGCUGGAGAACUGGGCGAUGGGGAAGACUAAGGUUUUUCUCAAGUACUACCAUGUUGAACAUCUGAAUCUGAUGGUGCAGCAGGCCACACAACGAAUCAUUGUGCUCCAGGCUUACGUCCGAGGCUGGAUGGGGGCCAAACGGUACCGCCGGAUAUUGAGAGAGCGAGAACAGAGUGCUUUGGUGCUGCAGUCAGCUUACAGAGGUCAUAAAGCUCGGAAGAGGGUCGCUGAUGACAAAAACAAAGCAAAGUUUGAGGCCUUUAUCACCCAGUUUCAGGCUGUUUGCAGGGGCUAUCUGGCAAAAAAGAAAUACAAGGAGUUGGUAGACGAGAAGAAUAAAGCGGCAACCAAGAUUCAAGCUCGCUACAGAGGGCACAAGGAAAGAAAAAGCUUCAAAAGAAAACGGGAAGCCAAAGAGAAGGAAAAAGCUGAGAAAGCUCUGAAAGAAAAGGAGGAACAGAUGUCUGAACUAGAGAAGAGCACCGAUGAAGACGAUGCUCCCAACGAGGAAGAGGAAACUAAGGCUGCCGUGGUUCUCCAGAGCAACUUCAGGGGCUACAAAGAGAGGAAAAAGUUUAAGGAGAGAAAAAAGACAAUGGCUGGGGCUGAGCUAGAGUUACCUCCAAACACAGUGUUGGAAGAAGAAGAAGGUGAGCAAGAGCCUACCAGCAAAGAAGAGCAAGAGGAAAAGACAGAUGAUAAACAAGAGGAGAAUGAUGAAGAUGAAGAAAGCACUUAUGAAGCGGAGGAGAAUGAUGACAGUGAUCAUACACAGGUGCCAGAAGAUGAAGAGCAUACAGAGGUGGCAGAUGAGAUGGUGAUUGAGGACGCACUGGCAGCAGAUGCUGGAGAGGAAGGGCAAGAAGAGGACAAGAUGGAGAAUAGACAGGACAACACUGCAGCAGAUGAAGAAGUCAACUUAGAGGAGGAAACCAAGGCUGCCACCGUACUCCAGAGUAAUUUCAGAGGUCACAAAGAGAGGAAGAAGUUGCAGGAAGAAGGCAAGAUCCCAGCCAGGAAAAGCCCAAAAAGCCCAACAGGUGAAGAAGAAGCGCUGACAGCGAGCAGCCCAACAAGCGAGGAAGAUGUACCCACAGCUGAAGCACCAACAGAGACAGAAAAAGAAGAAGAAUCAACAGAAGAACAAGAAGCAGCAGAUGUUUCUGCAAGUGAUGUCAAGGCAGAUGACCCGGACGAGACCAAAGCAGCUGUGGUGCUUCAGAGUAACUUUCGUGGCCACAAGGAGCGCAAACGACUCGAGGAGGAAGGAAAGAUCCCUCCGAAAAGGAAGAAGGAAAAAGAGGUAACUCCAGAAUCUCAGGAAGAGGAAGAAGAGGUGAUGCAGACAGAAGAAUCAGUGCCAGACUCCCAGCAGGACGUGUCUGUUGAGAACCCAGAGGGACUGGAUGAGGAGGAAAAAGCUGCUACUGUCCUUCAAAGUAACUUCAGAGGCCAUCGGGAGCGAAAGAAACUGAAAGCAGAAAGAGAAGCACAAAAGACAAAGGACAAAACAGAGGAAGAAGCUGUUUUUACCAGUGAUGCAGAAGAAGGAACUAAAGAGGAGGAAGAGGAGGACGAGGCCCUGGAUGUUACUGAAAUUGUGAUAGAACAUAAAGAGGAGACAGACGCUGAAAAAGAAAGACUGGAGGAAGAGCACGCUGCAGUGAAGAUCCAGAGUAACUUCAGAGGGUACAAGGAAAGGAAGAACCUGAAGGCCAACAAGGAAGCAACGCAGAAAGAAGCUGAGCAACUAGAGAACUUCUCAAAAGAGAUCGCAAAGACUUCUCAGGACUUUGUAUCCCUGCAGCAGAAGUUGAACGAGAUCAUCCAGGCCCAUCAAUCAAACCCUGAGAACAAUGGCAUGUUUGUGAGAGGAAAAGCAAUAAAUGGCUACGCGUCCCAGAAUCACCAGUCAACUGACAAGAGAUUGUCGAGGACCCCCCGCAGGACCCAGCCGCCGAAGACUCUCAACACACCCGAGGACUCCACCUAUUACAACCUGAUUCAUCGGUCCGUCCAGGAUGAUAAACGCAAGCCCAGGAAAGACGAUCCAGGAAAGCUGCUGGAUGUAGAUGACCAGUACUACCGGGGCCUGCCCACCAGCAGAUCUACCCCCUCCAUCCCCACAGAGGAAACAUCAUCACCACCCAGCAGCAUGCCUGAGAGAAGGCAGUCUGCAGAGCGGAGACGGUCCAUGGACAGGAGACAGCGUGGAGACAGGAGGCAGUCUGCAGAGCACAGACCGGCUGCUGCUAGCAGGCAGCCCAGAGAGAGGGCGGUAACUGAACCAGAGCCUCCCAAAGCUGCCAAAGACAACAGGAGCUCCGUUCCCAGAAUGUCCUCCACAGAGAGUCGAACUGAUGAGAAUCCGUACGACUACAGACAUCUACUGAGGAAGACCUCCCAGAGACGAAAGCUCAUCAAACAUUACUGAGCAUGGGACUGAACUUUUUGGCCAUUUGGCAAAGUAAUCUGUCAAAAUCUGAAGCACUAUGUGGCGAUUUAUUAUCAUAUCAGAUAACAGUAUAUGAUAACAUAAUCACAAGAGUAUUGAAUUCAUCACAGCUUCUGCACAAACCAUAUGAAACUGUAAGUUAUAAUGACAAGUUCUGUACUGUAUUUUUGUUUUGGACAUUAUUGGAUGGAUAUUGAUUGCUGCAGGCAUUAAAAGUCAAAACCAGACUAAUUAUUUUAAAUGAGCACGUUAUAAACAGGCUGGAUGCACCUGUAAAUAACAAAAAUGCUUUAAACUUACUGUAAAUGAAGGUUUAUUUAUGUCAUUUGUAAUCUAGUCAUUGAUGUCUGUAUUUCCUCUGUGAUUUGCGAAAGGUUGCGUUUUGUCUGUUUGGGCUUGUUCAUUUCCUUUUGGAAACCAAAUAUAAUUUUAUAAGUUCUAUGGAUCGUGUAAAUACACAUAGAAGAUAUUUCAAACUGUGCUCUUACACUUGAAUAAUUUGCAUUUUAAUCUGUUUUGGAUCAUUUAUCUUUGGAAAAUCAGCCUCAGAUUCUUCUCCCUGCUGUAAUCUCUGUUUUGUUCAUUUAAACAUAAAAAUGAUCAAAUUCCU